UACUUUACCUCGACCGUUUCUGCCGUCGUGAUCCUGUGUCAUUCUCUGUUCUUUUAAUUCCAAUUUCCAAUUCUUUAAUUGUUCUAUUUCUAGGGGCUAUGCUCUCUGUACCAUACUUUGGUUAAUUUUUUUUUUCUUUUUCAUAUAAAAGAUACAUCUGUGCCUUUCUCUUUUUCCCCUUUUCUUUCUAGAAUUAAGAAGAAGAGGCAACAAUUUAGGAAGAAACAAUGAUGUUGUGUUGGUAGAGUAAGUAAGGAAAAAGAGGGUCUUUCCUUCCCUCAGCCAUGGCUCCUACUGGGAAGCUUUCCGGGUUUCGUCGAGAAGGCAGUGAUUGGUUCUGCAAUGGGGGACUGCCAAGUGAUAUCACUGUUUCCAUCGAGGGUGUCACUUUCCAUCUUCAUAAGUUUCCUCUUGUAUCAAAAAGUGGAAAAUUUGCUAAAGCAAAUGACGAGUCCAAGGAUACAGACAAGAAGACUCUGAAAAUGGUGCUGGAAGAAUUUCCUGGUGGUCCUGACACUUUCUUAGUUGCAGCCAAAUUCUGUUAUGGGUACCGUGUGGAACUGACAGCCAGAAAUGUAGUAUCGGUUCACUGUGCUGCAGAGUAUCUUGAAAUGACAGAUGAAUUUGGAGAAGGUAACUUGUUGUCAAAAUCAGAGAGUUUUUUCCAUAAAAACAUAUUGCGCAACUGGAAAGAUUGUAUUUUGGCUCUCCAAAGUUCUGAGCCAGUUCUACAUAGAGCUGAAAAGCUUCAGUUAGUGGGCAAGUGUUUGAAUGCUCUGUCUAUGAUGGUUUGUACGGACCCAAGUUUGUUUGGAUGGCCCAUGAUGAUGUAUGGGAGUUUUCAGAGCCCUGGUGGAAGCAUUCUUUGGAAUGGCAUCAACACUGGUGCCAGGAUCCGGAGCUCAGAAUCUGAUUGGUGGUUUGAAGACAUCUCAUAUCUCAGUGUGAGUUUGUUUGAGAGGCUAAUUAAGACAAUGCAAGCAAGAGGUAUAAGACCUGAAAACCUUGCAGGUGCCAUAAUGUACUAUUCUAGAAAGCACUUGCCUGGUCUUGGUCGGUGGCAGGGUGGUCAAGGUGGCAAGACUAGAACAGUUGCAAGCUUUAGCUUGACGCCGGCCACAGUUGAUCAGAGAGUUCUGUUGGAAAGCAUUGAGAAACUUCUUCCUGACAAGAAGGGGAAAUCUUAUUGCCGUUUCCUGCUGGGACUUCUUCGCGUGGCUUUGAUAUUGAAUGUCAGCCAAACCUGCAAGGAUUCUUUGGAGAGGAGAAUAGGGAUGCAAUUGGAACUUGCAACUUUGGAUAGUCUUCUAAUUCCUACCUAUUCAGAUUCAGAUGCAUUAUAUAACACUGAAUGUAUUGAACAGAUAGUCCAUUAUUUUGUAUCUACAGAGUCAAACUUAACUGCCUUUUCUCCUUCAUCACAUGACCAGCAAACACCAGCAUCACCAUCAUCUGAGUCUUUGAGGAAGGUUUCGAAGUUGAUUGAUAGCUACAUCUCAGAAAUUGCUUCAGAUGUUAAUUUGAAACCAGGAAAGAUACGCCGGCUUGCAGACGCCCUCCCCGAGUCGUCAAGAUUAUUGCAUGAUGGGCUUUACAGGGCACUGGACAUAUAUUUCAAGGCUCAUCCUUGGCUCUCUGACAGAGAGAAGGAAGAACUAUGCAACAUCAUUGACUACCAGAAACUUUCAAUCCAUGCUUGUGCUCAUGCAUCCCAAAAUGACAGGUUACCCCUCAGAGUUGUUCUUCAAGUGCUGUUCUUUGAACAACUGCAUUUGAGAACAGCAUUAGCUGGAUGCCUUAAUGCAUUGGAUGGUGAGAUCGCCACAGCAGCUCCUGUUCCUGUAACCACCUUAGGCGAAACAGCCGGUGAAAUUGUACAAAGAGAUGGAUGGGUGACUGUUGUGCGUGAAAACCAGGUUUUAAAGGUGGAUAUGGACAGGAUGAGUUCUAGAGUUGGAGAACUUGAAGAAGAGUUCAGUAAAAUAAAGCAAGAAAUGAAAAGUGUGGCCAAAUGUCACAGUUCCCGAAGCUCCCCUCGGUUCGUUGCUCGGAAAAUUGGGUGUAAGCUCGUUCCUCGGCCUUCAGAUGCUCAACCGGAAUCCCUGAACCGCACCGGAUCCACACCAAGAGCAUCCAUUGAACGGGCACGGCGUUCCCUUAAGUCCAAGCACUCAGAAAGUUUUACUUGAGUAUCAAGAAACCAUAAUCCCUCUUAAUUUUAUUCAUAUAUACAUAUAGAAGUGUUGUGUGAUUUUAAAUUUUUUGUACAAGGGAAAGGGAAGGAAAAUGUUUCUCAAUCCAUUAUGCCCUUUUAUUUCAUCAGUUUUCAUAUUUGAACAUUUUCCAUUUCUUUCCCUUGUGUUAAAGUUGGCUGUAAACUUGUGUAGGCAAUUUCACAAAUUGUCCUGUUUGUGGGGAAUAGCUCCUGUAUUUGUUAUCCGUAUAGAUUUAUUCUUCAUUUGAAGAUAUUGACAGUGGAAGAUGUUGUUUUAGACCCAUAUGUGAAGAACAUUAUUGUCAUCGAAGAAAGAAUCAUCCAUGUUCUCCCUAGUGCAGAUGCAAAGCUGAUGCACAAAGGUUGGAAAACUCAAACAAAUGUAACAGACAAUGUUGUGCUUAUAGCAGAGCUUCUUUUGUAGAUGACAAAUGUUGUAUAGUUGUGAAAGAGUGUAAUUUCUUUACAAAGGACAAAGGCAAAUAUUUUUAUGCUCUGUCA